AUGCUGUCACCACAGAUGUUCCACAGAAUCUUAGCAGUGGCUCUUUUCCUGCUCCCCUACUGUGCUCGAGGUAACCCAGCACACAAGUUUCCAGUGCCCGGUUUCAGGAUCUUACCUGAAAAUGGGAUAGCUGAAGGCUUUAUAUCAGGCUUCAAAUCACUUCCUGGCAAAGAAAUGGGAGAUGUUAUCCUUCAAUUAGAAGAUCGGAUUUCCAAACUUGAAAGAGUCCUCCACUUGGAAGGAAUAAUAACAGCAUCUGAAGGAAAAAUAUUUGCUACCAAUGGGAAAACAGCCGAUUUCCACGCUACAGUGAAAAAAUGUGGAGAGGCUGGGGGUUCUAUUGCCACUCCAAGGAAUGCAGGCGAGAAUGAUGCCAUUCUGUACUUUGUGAAACAGUUCAAUAAGUACACCUACCUAGGGAUAAAGGAAUCUCUAAUUCCAGGCAAAUUCCAGUUCCUGGAUGGUGCUGAACUGAGCUAUACCAACUGGCAUCCAAACGAGCCUUCUGGCAAAGGGGAAGAGGAGUGCGUGGAGAUGUACACUGAUGGUACUUGGAAUAACAAAAAGUGCAACCAGAAUCGCCUUAUUGUCUGCCAGUUCUAG